CAGAGCGCAGACAGCGAGGAUUUAAACCAAGCCUGUUCUUUCUUUGAAGACACGACCUCUUUUAUUAUUCCAGGACUCUGUGUGGAAACGGCAGCACUUUAUCAUGGCUCUCCGUGUUACCCGCAAUCGCUUGGCCUCCACCACCCGGUCUGAAGCGGUGAAGCCCGGAGCGCCGUCCCUCCAGACGCGAGCUGUUCUGGGCGAGCUCGGAAACGUCCCCGACAACAAGGCGGUCCAGAAGAAGAAGGUGGUGACGAGGGCAACGACCAAAGUUCAGAAGGUGGUUGAGCAAGCGAAACCCAAAGAUGUCCCUGCUCCAGUGCAACCAGAGCCUAAGGUUAAAGCGCUCCCGGAGCCCACCUCUCCCACCCCGAUGGAGACCUCGGGCUGUGAGCCUGCAGAGCUGUGCCAGGCUUUCUCAGACGUCCUCCUGCACACGGCCAUCCGGGACGUGGACGCCGACGACUUCAACAACCCCAUGCUCUGCAGCGAGUACGUCAAGGACAUCUACAAGUACCUUCGUGUGCUCGAGGCUGAGCAGAAUGUCAGGCCCAACUUCCUGCAGGGACAGGAAGUGACGGGGAACAUGAGGGCCAUCCUGAUCGACUGGCUCGUCCAAGUGAGCAUCAAGUUCCGCCUGCUGCAGGAGACGAUGUACAUGACUGUGGCAAUCAUCGACCGCUUCCUCCAGGACAAUUCUGUUCCCAAGAAGCAGCUGCAGCUCGUGGGAGUCACUGCCAUGUUUCUCGCCUCUAAAUUUGAGGAGAUGUAUCCUCCUGAGAUCUCAGACUUUGCCUAUGUGACGGACCACGCCUACACGCCCGCUCAGAUCCGCAGCAUGGAGAGGAACAUCCUCGGUGCGCUCAAGUUUAAGCUCGGACGUCCUGUGCCCCUGCAGUUCCUCCGGAGAGCGUCAAAGAUCCACGAGGUGACGGCAGAGCAGCACACUCUGGCCAAAUACCUGCUGGAGCUCACCAUGGUGGACUACGACAUGGUGCACUUCCCUCCGUCCAUGGUGGCCAGUGCAGCGCUCGCUCUGACCAUCAAGGUCCUGGACGCUGGAGAAUGGGAUGCCACUUUAGCUCAUUACAUGGAGUACAGCGCGGAGAGUCUGGUUCCAGUUAUGGCUCACAUCGCCAAGAACGUAGUGAGGGUUAACGAAGGCCUGACGAAGCACAUGGCGGUCAAGGGAAAGUACUCGACUGCCAAACAGAUGAGGAUCGCCACUCUGUCCCAGCUCAAAGGCUCGGUCAUCAAGGAGUUUGCUGCUAAAGCCUCUCAGUGAGACCCCUGCUGGGCUCUCUGCGCUACUGACACUCAACGGACUUUUCUGUGAAGGGACCAGACUGUGCUUUUAUUUUAUUUUUAUUUUUUUAACAGCCCAGGCUUGAAGCGUGGCCCACAGGAGUAAAGACGGAACUUCCAUCACGGGCCUGGUUCUAUUUUAAUGUGUGAAUGUGUAAAAUGUACAGCAAUGUUUUUAUGCUUUUAUGUCUUUUGAAUAAAUUUUUUAUGAACUGCA